AUGGUCGAGGGAAUGCAAUGUGUCAAUGGCAAGGACAAAUCACGGAGCAAAGUCCGGUUAUCUGAUCUAAAUCCGUCUGCGCGUGUCUCGGUGGCGCAUUGCAGCGUUGUCCGCACCCUCCCACUUCCCCCCUCUGCCGCAGUCUGCCGCAGUCUGCCGCAGUCUGCAGGAUCGCCAUGGGUCAAGUUGAGCCGAGAGCGAGAGACCCUCUCCCUCGUAUAUGUGCGCGUGGGCUGUGAGGGUGGUGAAAUGAAGAGAGGAGAGAUCAGAGACCCGUCCGUCUCGUCAGCCCCUGAUACCAUGCCAUGCCAUGCUCAACUUCCAACGUCCUGGUUCAUGGGCUGGUUGUUCGCUCCAUUAGUUGUCAGCCACUCACAAGCAUAUGACGAACGAGAACUUUGUUUCCCUCCUUUUCCGCCCUCUUGGCCCCUUCACAUCACUCGCAUAAUGCCUCUGAUUACAUGCGCCCUGGCCUGUCUCGCUUGUCUAGUACCACAACACGCAUAUCACGCACAUCACGCAUAUACAGGCACUGGAGUGGACCGCUCCACCGCCAACUCGCUCACUCACAUGCUCUCACUCUCUCUUCUCGCUUCAACAGACCGGUCCAACCCCGUUCAGCCCCAUCAGCCCCAUCAACCCCUUUCCACCCCUUUCCACCCGAGCUUGUUGGCCCUCUUAUUCUCUGCCAAGGUUGUUCUCUGCAGACAUAUCCAGUCGUUUACCUUUGCCCUCGCUUGUCGUUGCCAGACGCGACGGCCCUUUUACACUGCAGCGAUUUACGACUUGGUCUGCCCCCCCAUCGUCGAUCGCUGCGUCCUGCACCCGAAGGAUGGACGCCGCGUCUUGUCUUGGGGGCCGCGAGGGCUGCGAGGGCUGCGAGCUCGGAGAGUGCCGUCGCCGCAGACGGACAUUUCGUUGACAAUUCUGCCAUCCGCAAACUCGGGCACCACCAAGACCAUUCAUCCUCCUAUGAGAAACUCACCGACUGAAAAGGCCCUGCCCGGCUGAAGAAUAACGAAUGACAUGUGUACAAAGAUGGGGGCUGUGGCCCAUUUACCCAUCCAUCGCUCUCAACUCUAACUCUAACCCUAUCCCGAUCCCGAUCCCAAUCCUACUCUUAUGCCGCUCUUCGUCUCGUCCCUUUUCCUCGUAUAAUUGAUCUGUAAAAUCCGUUAAGAAGAAAAGACCCUUCCCCCCCUCGAUUCGUCAUUUUCUCCUUUGGGGUGUGCUUCAUCUGCGACUUUUCCUCUCAGUGCUCCGACUGCGGCUGCGCUGUGGGGUUCAAUUUCGUAUCCAAAGACGAGGCUUCGGUUUGUAAGUGAUGAACUCCCCAGGGUCUCGUGCUGAGACGGCUCACAUGCGCUAUUCUCCCGGCUCUUGUAUUGUAACACUGAUGUCCUCGGGCGGUCCUCUCCUAUUU